GGCCGCGAGGUUUCGGUCCGGCAGCGCAGGCUUCGCGCCAGGCGUUGGAAACUGGGGACGCAGAGCUCUCGCCGUCAGCGUUUGCUGCCGCCGCGCUCUACGAGGCCACCACAGCGGGGACUGUGAGCAGCAGCGAUCUGCGUACUGAGGCCGGAGCCCAGCCCCCGGCCCGCCCCGAUCCGCUGGGAGGGGAGGCUGCACUCCCCACCCUGGAAAUUUCCGCCUCCGCAUUAUAAGAUGUAAGCGAGGUUAGCGAGUCGCUUAUGAAAAGUGGAGAGACAAAAUGGGUGAGUUUGAUCUGACGAAUGAGCUCAAACGCAAAGGUUGUGGCAAGGAAGCAGAGUUGUUCAAGUUCAAACUUCUGCUCCUGCCCGAGAUGCCUGUGAUGUGUCCACAUGCCUGCUUAUUUUAAUUUUUAUUCUGAGGUGUGGCCCCUUGUUAAAGCCAUCCUGAGAAAACGGUUUUCCUCGCGGUACGACCUCUACCUCAUACUUGCAUUUGCACAAUGACUGCUAAACUUGGACGAAAGAAUCGCACUUUUUUUUUUCAAUUUUCUAACUGGAACUUUGAGAUUUGGGUCAGCAUCUCUGGAAUUGGGGGUAAAAUUACAAAAAUCCGCAAACGAAACUGCUGUUAUGAUCUCUCCGUGGUGCUGAAGCAACACUCCCAGGAUUGUUCAGCCACUCUCAAGGCGCCUCAGUCGUUUGUUUUGAGGAAUAUUAUCAUAUUCCUUUUUAGCUUUCACAUUUGGAGUCUAACAAGAACCAUUUUUGUCUCUCAAUGAUAACUUCUAAUCUAGGUACAAAAUCGGGCCAGGAUCGUCAAUCUGUUAGUUUUCCGAUAAGGAUAGCAGACAUUUGAAAAAUUGCUUCUAUUAUUUUAGUACAGCACCAGAAUUUCUCCUUUUAUUCUCAUCGUACCUCGGGCCCCAAGUUCGCGGCGGCGGGACCAGGAAACGCCCGGGAGAGCGCCGCGCCGCGCCUGCGCGCUGAGUUUCCGGAACUGCGUUUGCCACAGCACGGCCUCAUCCCGUGAGGCCUAGCGCGCGUGGAGGCUGUGCGGAGCGACGGCUUCCUGUCUCGCAGGGCGCGGGGUCGGCCGCCGGAAGUUAGGGUGGACCUAUAUGAUUCCUUUAUUCCUGGGGUUGUCAUAUCAUGGCUGAAAAUUACAGAGAUGGAAACCAAACCAAGAGACUCCUAAAAAGAGUACAAGAACUGGAAAAGGAGGUACAGAGACUUAAAAAGGAACAGGCCAACACCAAGGACUCAAAUGUUAGAGAAAAUUCAUCAGGAGGUGGAAAAGCUAAGCGUGCAUUUGAUUUCAGAGCUCAUGGCCAAAGACAUAUAGCCCUAAAAAUAGCCUAUCUUGGCUGGGGAUACCAGGGCUUUGCUAGUCAGGAAAACACAAAUAAUACCAUUGAAGAGAAACUGUUUGAGGCUCUAACCAAGACUCGACUGGUAGAAAGCAGACAGACAUCCAACUAUCACCGAUGUGGGCGAACAGACAAAGGUGUUAGUGCCUUUGGACAGGUGAUUUCUCUUGACCUUCGUUCUCAGUUUCCAAGGGGCAGGGAUUCAGAGGAUUUUUAUUUAAAAGAUGAAGCUAGUGAUGCUGCAAAAGAGAUCCGAUAUACCCACAUUCUCAAUCGGGUACUCCCUACAGACAUCCGUAUACUGGCCUGGGCCCCUGUAGAACCUAGCUUCAGUGCUAGGUUCAGCUGUCUUGAGCGGACUUACCGCUAUUUUUUCCCUCUUGCUGAUUUAGAUAUUGAAACCAUGAAUUAUGCAGCUCAAAAGUAUGUUGGCACCCAUGAUUUCAGGAACUUGUGUAAAAUGGAUGUAGCCAACGGAGUGAUUAACUUUCAGAGGACUAUUCUGUCUGCUCAAGUAAAGCUAGUGGGCCAGAGCCUGGGUGAGGAAAGAUGGCAAGAACCUUUUCAGUUAUGUCAAUUUGAAGUGACUGGCCAGGCCUUCCUUUAUCAUCAAGUCCGCUGUAUGAUGGCUAUCCUCUUUCUGAUUGGCCAAAGAAUGGAGAAGCCAGAGAUUAUUGAUGAGCUGUUGAACAUACAGAAAAAUCCCCAGAAACCUCAAUAUAGUAUGGCUGUAGAAUUUCCUCUAGUCUUGUAUGACUGUAAGUUUGAAAAUAUCGAGUGGAUCUAUGACCGGGAGGUUCAGGAGUUCAAUGUUACCCACCUACAACAGCUAUGGGCUAACUAUGCUAUCAAAACUCACAUGUUGUAUAGUAUGCUACAAGGACUGGACUCUGUUGCAGUACCUUGUGGAACAGGACCAAAGAUGGAUGGAAUGAUAGAAUGGAGAAAUGUUAAGCCCUCUGUCAUAAAGCAGACCAGUGCCUUUGUAGAAGGAGUGAAAAUGCGCACAUAUAAGCCCCUGAUGGAUCGUCCUAAAUGCCAAGGAUUGGAAUCCCGGAUCCAGCAUUUUGUACAUAGGGGACGCAUCGAGCACCCACCUUUAUUCCAUGAAGAAGAAAUAAAAGCCAAAAGGGACUGUAAUGACACAAUGGAGGAAGAGAAUACUAUUUUGGAGACACCAACAAAAAGGGUCUGUGUCGAUACAAAAAUAAAAAACAUCACUUAACCAUAAACAACUUACUAGGAUCUAAGAACCAACAACCAACUAGUGGUAGGUAGGUAGAAAAGAAAAAAAAAAAUACUGUAAGAAGUACUAGAAAUUCAGAUGAUCAGCUAAGACUUUAAGGUCCUAUUAAGGAAGAUUUUGCUUUAACAAGAAAGAGUUCAAACGUUAUCUCAUCCUUGUCUAAAAGGAUUAAGGGAUGAAGGAAGCAAAAAGCAAUUGUAAAAUGGAGAUGUACUUAUUUAUGUACACCUGGAAAUCUGUGCCUUGUGUUCAAAUUCAUCAAAGUCUAAUACUGCAAGUGUCUAAUUCAUUGUGCCGUUCUUUUUCAAAGCAAAUGAGUUAUUCAGUACUUAUCUGAAUUCUCAUAAAGAGCUUCACACUAAGUGUCUUAUUUUCUAAAGAUUUAAAAAUAUUAAUUUCAAUCAUUUAAGGAUUGGAAAAAUUGAUUUAAGUGGCAGGCAUGAUGCUAGCUUGAAGUUACCUAACCAAAUAAGACACAGAACCUUUCCUUAUGAAGCAUAUAAACCUAGUGCAGAGGUUGGUAAAUGUUUUCUGUGAAGGAAUAAAGAGUAAAUAUUUUAGGCUCUGUGAAUCACAAA